AUGGAAGAACGCGGGUCUCCCGACGGGGACCCCGCGCGGAGCCUGGAGCAGGGGCCAGAGGGGCCAGAAACGCCCAUCCAGGUGGUACUCAGAGUGCGUCCCAUGAGCGCGGCGGAGCUGCGUCGAGGGGAACGGAGCGCGCUGCACUGCUCGGGGACCCGGACUCUGCAAGUGAGCCCUCCCGGCGGCGGCCCCGAGGUGGCGUUCCGCUUCGGCGCCGUGCUGGACGGGGCGCGCACGCAGGAGGACGUGUUCCGGGCGUGCGGCGUGCGGCGCCUGGGCGAGCUGGCGCUGCGCGGCUUCUCCUGCACUGUCUUCACCUUCGGCCAGACGGGCUCCGGGAAGACCUACACCCUGACCGGGCCUCCGCCGCAGGGCGAGGGGGUGCCCGUCCCCCCCAACUUAGCCGGCAUCAUGCAGAGGACCUUCGCCUGGCUGUUAGACCGGGUGCAGCACCUGGGUGCCCCUGUCACCCUCCGCGCCUCCUAUUUGGAGAUCUACAAUGAGCAGGUUCGGGACCUACUGAGCCUGGGAUCUCCCCGGCCGCUCCCUGUUCGCUGGAACAAGACCCGGGGCUUCUAUGUGGAGCAGCUGCGAGUGGUGGAGUUCAGGACUCUGGGGGCCCUGAUGGAACUAACGCAAAUGGGUCUUAGCCGUCGAAGGAGCUCAGCUCACACCCUGAACCAGGCCUCCAGCCGAAGCCACGCCCUGCUCACACUCUACAUCAGCCACCAAACCGUGAGUAGGCCUCCAGUGGACCCUGAGGCGCCCCCCACUGGCGGAAAGCUGUGUUUUGUAGACCUGGCUGGCAGUGAGAAGGUGGCGGCCACCGGAUCCAGGGGGGAGCUGAUGCUUGAGGCAAACAGCAUCAACCGCAGCCUCCUGGCCCUGGGGCACUGCAUCUCCCUGUUGCUGGACCCGCAGCGGAAGCAGAGCCACAUCCCCUUCCGAGACAGCAAGCUCACCAAGCUCCUGGCGGACUCGCUGGGGGGGCACGGGGUCACCCUCAUGGUGGCCUGCGUGUCGCCUUCAGCCCAGUGCCUGCCUGAGACUCUCAGCACGCUGCGAUACGCAAGGCGGGCUCAGCGGGUCACCACUCGGCCACAGGCCCCCAAGUCACCUGUGGCAAAGCAACCCCAGCGUCUGGAGAUGGAGAUAUUGCAGCUUCAGGAGGAGAACCGUCGCCUGCGCUCCCAACUGUGCCAAAUAGACCCCAAGGCCUCAGGGCUCAGUGGGGCACGGGUAGCCUGGGCCCAACAGAACCUCUACGGGAUGCUACAGGAGUUCAUGCUGGAGAAUGAGAGGCUGCGGAAAGAAAAGAGCCAGCUGCAGAGUAGCCAGGCCCGGGCCCGGGAUGAGCAGCGGGUCCUGGCCCAGCAGGUGCACGAGCUGGAGCGGCGCCUCUUCUGUGCCUGCUCCCUUGCCCAGCCAAACCCCGGCCCAGCCCCUCCAUGCCCCUGUGUGACGGCACCGGCUCGCCCCUGCCGCCCCUGCCGUGCCCCGCCGCCCCUCUGCUCCUGCCCCUGCUGUCACCUGUGCCCCUUGUGCCGAGCGCCGCUGGCCCACUGGGCCUGUCCACACAGGGGGCUCCACCUGCCGCAGGUGUUUGGCCCUGAGGCCCCAGGCGGCAUGCCCCUGUCUGCCCAGCCCCCACCCUGGGCACCCCCGUGCAGUCCUGGCUCUGCCGAGCGCCCGAGAGAGAGGAGUCCCGGCGACUGGACUCGGACCCGAGUCCUGGCGGAGAUGCUGAUGGAGGAGGAGGUGGUGCCCUCCGCUCCGCCCCUGCCCGUGGGGCCCCCGAACACCUCACCAGUGCUGAGAGGCGGGGCUGCAGUUCCAAACCUGGCCCGGAGACUGGAGGCCCUCAGAGACCAGAUUGGCAGCUCCCUGCGACGUGGCCGGAGCCAGCCACCCCCCAGCAAGGGUGCACAGAGCCCCGGCCUGGCCCUCCCCCCCUGCUGAGGGCAAAACAGAACCCCCAGAGACCACCGUGUGGCCCUGGUUUGGGCUCCGCGCUCCUGGGCUUCAACCUCCCCAUCUGCUUCCCUCUGUGACUUAGCAGGGCAGGGGAGAACUCCUGAGGGCUGCGGGUCGGGGCUGUUGGGCAGUUUCGGGGAGGGUGCCACCCCAGACGGUGGGAAAUGUGACUGGAUUUGGGAGAAACCAGGCAGCAGGUGAUCAAAGAGACGAAUAAAGAGAGGUGUCAGCCCCAA